AUGAAAAUCUCUGAAGCUGCGGGGGAAAAUGGGUCGUCCCAUAGAGUCGAAUUGGAUAUAAAUAUGGCCGUUGAUCCCUCCCUCAAGGACAGAACUCUUCACUUCAUUCUACAACACAAACAAUCAUUUCAAUACCCUUUUCAGCUUCGAUUCAUUCCUUCAUAUUGAAGCUUGUGUGUCAUUCCUUUUGCACACAUAUCCAACUACUACAACUUUUCGGUUCGACAACCACUUCAAUACACUCCCUCUUUACAAAAGCAUUUAACUUGCUUCCCACUUUCCAAACCUUCAAAAUGUUCACCACCAUCGCUGCUCUCCUCGCUGCUUCUGCUGCUUCCGUCUCAGCUGUUGCCGUCCCCCGCGGUAACAGUGGAAGCGCCAGCGUCACCCCCCACGAGCAAUACUCCUCCUCCGUCGGUGUCCUGGGCUGCCUGAUCAACACCAACCGUGUUGCCUACUGGCCCAUGGGCGUUGGCUGCGACAACAUCUGCGUCAAGGUCACCAACGGCGACCGCAGCCUCAACCUCCUCAAGAUUGACCAGUCUGGCGGUGCCUACGACAUCUCCUAUGAUGCCUGGAACUACCUUGGCUUCGGCGAGGGUGCCGAGCAGGACCCCCACACUGGCGGCGGCAUCGCCAUGAACUAUGAGUUUGUCGAUGCCAGCGAGUGCGCUGAUCUCAUGCACGGCGGCAAGUUGCCUCUCUCUGCCUCCAACAGCAUGAACUACGUCGCCAGCUGCAUGAGCGAGCCCAACAGCUGGGUCAACAAGAACCACCAGCUCAUCAACAUUGCCGAUCCUCUCUGCAAGUACGGAUACGACGAGACCUGCACUCUGGAUCUCAACGUCAGCAACCAGCCUUCUUGCCCUCACACCCUGGGUGCCCAGGUUGCUUACUCUGGCAAGGGCGUCACCAACAUUGCUUACGGCACCGGCAAGGCUGAGGCUGCUGCUUAAGUUGUGAACAAUUGAUUUGGUUCUAUACGUAAUAAAAAGUCCAUUAUGAAUUCUUUUGACACAAUUGACUUACUACUAAUGACUUGCGUGGCUUGUGAAGC